UGACUUUAGCAUUGACUAGCUCCUAAACAACUGGCCUGAGAAGUCGAAUAGAAUCCAUUUAAUAUCGAACAAAAAAAGUCUAAAUUCAACGUGAGCAAUCCAAACCAGAUCGACCGGCUGGACAGGAUGGAGAGCCCGGAGCCUAUCGUAUCGGGAAGCGCACUAAUCAAGAAGUUGCAGGACUUUACCAAAUGCCUGGCCGAACUGGAGGUCAAGGCCGAUGAGCUGCUAAUCGACGCCGAAAAGGUGGACCAGGAGUUGACCAACUGUCGCAAGUUUCGCGAGGAGCAGCUGCUGAAGUAUCUGACGGAGAAGAAUGACGACGAGGAGCAGAUGCAGCUGCUGCGGGAAAACAUCGAGCUCAAGGAGACCAGCGCCGAGUUCCACCGGGGCAUUGCGUUGAUCAUGGAGAAGUAUCGGGAGCACAGCGAAGGGGACAUGUUCAUCGAUAGCUACCAGCUGAAGGAGCAGUACCUGGCCGGCUUGGCGAAGGUGGUCGAAGAGCAGGAUGCCCGAAUCGAGCGCAUGUUGGAGAUGAUGAAGCUGACUGCCGACUUCGAGGACCGAAGUAGUGACGAGAACCAGCAGAUCAUCUCUCAGCUGGCGGGGGAAAAUGAGCAGAUGCGCCGCCAGUUGCAGAUCAGUAGCACCGAUGAGCUGUUCAGCCAAGGAACCCUGGGCUCCAGCGAAAGUGGCACCCAGAUCGGACCAGACGACUCUUUAGAUCCAGAUGGCACCCGGGAAAAUAGCAUCUGCAGCAUAGAGAGCUUCCUGUCCUGCCUCUCGCCGAGCAACAUGGAGGAUGUUUCGGAGUGCUCCUCCAACGAAUCGCUGCUGAGUGAGCUGGAAGUGACUGGCUUCAUUGAGGAGGCUCUGGCCGAGCGUCCCGAGGAGAAGUCCUUCAACCUGGAGGACUAGGCACCUGAACGACACACGUUCCUGCCCCACUAAAAACACUGAUGACUGGCUGUUUACGUUGUUGGACUGGACUUGGGUCCUCAACUUUGAAAUAAAUUGUAAUUCGGGCUGGAAACUCGAUCUAUCCUUCGAUGUUUCCCAUCGAUUUCCAUCCCGAAAUAUAAUUUCAUUCGAGGCUACACUAACUACACACUGCUUGCUGUCUGUUAACUAUUGCUGUUUUUUCAACAAUCUUGUCACUUUCAUAAAGAUCUAUAUACCAUUUGCACUCUUGA